CCUCCCCAUGAAAACUAAAAACAGCACACGUUCAUUACAAAGUUACAAAUACAAAAUCCAAACUCAAACCUUUUAAUUAAUUUUUUUGUCGUUUUAUACUUUCCAUGAUCCGAACAACAAACGGGUCGGGUCGUCGGAUAUUAACAUUUCCGGCGGUUCAUCCCUGCGUGAACAUUGCUCCUUCCACUCUUCUCUCUUCCCUCAUCACUCUCUCCGACAGAAUUGACAAUUUCAAACACAAAUUCUUCUCUUCCAACAAACGAAACGCGAAAAACGCUAUUCGUUUGAUCCAACUUUUCCAACCAUUCUUCCAUGAGAUCCAUGAAAAUCAUUCAAAUCUUCCUUCUCCGGCGACCCUUUGUUUUUCUGAGCUAUAUUUCACCUUCCAGAAGCUUCUUUUCUUGAUGGAAGAUUUGACUCACGAAGGUGCUCGGUUGCUUAUGUUGAUGGAGUCGGGUCGGGUUGCAACAAUGUUUCGGGUCUUGUUUAGAUCCGUUGCAACUGCACUUGAUGUUUUUCCUUUUGAUUCCGUUGAGGUGUCUGUGGAAGCUAAAGAAGAGGUUUUGUUGUUGAUGAAGCAAGCUAGGGAGGGAAGGUUUGAUUUUGAGGAUGAUGAUAAAGAUCUAGUGAUGUGUGUUAAGAAUGUCUUGAACCUGUUUGAGAAAAGGGUUGCUCCCAAUAAGUGUGAUUUGAAGAGGGUUCUUGAUUAUAUUGGGGUUUUGAAAUGGAGUGAGAGUAAUAAAGAGGUGAAAUUUUUGGAUUGUGAAAUUGGGUUUGAGUGGUUGAAUGAAGAAAAGAGAAAGGUGGGAUUUUUAAGUAGUUUAAUGGGUUUUAUGAGUUAUUGUAGAUGUGUGGUGAUGGAAGUUAUGAAUUGUGAAGAGGGUAAGGGAAAUAAGAAAAUUGAUACAAGAAGAGAAAAUGAGAUGAUUUUGAGUUGUGUCAAUUCAGAUGAUUUUCUAUGUCCAAUCACUUUGGAGUUGAUGAGUGAUCCUGUGACUAUAGAAACAGGUCACACUUAUGAUCGUUCUUCAAUUCUCAAAUGGUUCAGAAGUGGAAAUGCAAUAUGUCCAAAGACAGGUAAAAGUCUUGACAGCAUUGAAUUGGUACCAAAUUUGGUUUUAAAGAGGUUGAUUCACCAAUAUUGUAAUGUCAAAGGCAUUCCUUUUGCUGAUUCGGGUCGUCGGAAUCACGACAUUGCUAGGACGGUGCAGACAGGAAGUGAUGCGGCCGAGGGAGCCAUGAAGCUCUUGGCUGGUUUUCUUUGUGAAAGUCUUGAGAAUGGAAAUGUUGAACAUAAGAAUCAUGCUGCAUUUGAGAUAAGGGUUCUUACCAAAACAAGCAUUUUUAGUAGGUCUUGUUUGGUAGAAGCUGGUUCAGUUCCUCUUUUGUUGUUAUUGUUGGCAUCAAGUGAUUCAUCAGCACAAGAGAAUUCUAUUGCAGCCCUUUUAAACCUCUCAAAAUACUCCAAGAGUAGAAGUGAGAUGGUUGAAAAUUGGGGACUAGAAAUGAUUGUUGGAGUCUUAAACAAAGGGGUAACGAUUGAAGCUAAACAGCAUGCUGCAGCAGUGUUGUUUUACCUUGCUACAAAUGCUGAUCAUGGAAAUUUAAUAGGCCAAGAGCCAGAAGCAAUUCCUUCACUGAUCAAUCUCAUAAAAGACGGCACUGAUCGAAGCAUAAAGAAUGGUUUGGUUGCAAUUUUUGGCCUCCUUAGACACCAUGAAAAUCAGAAAAAGUUACUUGCUGCUGAAGCAAUUCCUUUGUUAGUUAACAUCUUAAAAGCAAGUGAAAAAGAAGACAUUAUCACUGACUCAUUAGCAAUUCUAGCAACUCUUGCAGAGAAAAGUGAUGGAACAAUGGAAAUCCUUCAGUUUGGAGCUUUACAUGUAGCUGUUGAAGUCAUGAGUUCUUCCACUACUUCAAGAUUCGGGAAAGAGCAUUGUGUUUCUUUGUUGCUUUCACUAUCAAUAAAUGGUGGAGAAAAUGUGGUUGGUCAUUUAGUGAAGCGUUCUUCACUUAUGGAAUCUUUAUAUUCACAACUAAGUGAAGGAACUUCUAGAGCAAGCAAAAAGGCAAGUGCUCUCAUAAAGGUCCUCCAUGAUUUUUAUGAAAGGAGAUCCUCCGGCUACAAGGCAUCAGUUAUUCCACGUGAACAAUCCAUUCAUGUAUGGUAAAUUAAACCCAGCAUAUUUUUUCCAACUGGGUAUUCUUUGACUUGUUUUUAGUGAUAUGUGAAUUGUAGAUAUAUAGUGUAUCGUAUACAUGUAUUUGACAUUUUGUUAUUUGUACUUGAUAUUAUUAGCUCAUGUUUUAAAGAGCUAAUAUAUUUUUAUCAGCUUCUGUUUUUAAGGAUGAAGCUUGUACAAAUUAUUGUAAUUCAUUUUUUUUUGUAUUUAAUCAAAUAAGAUUGUAUGAUCUCUGUUAAAUAUUAAUCAAGAACAACUUUAUUUUCCA